AUGCUAGGAGAUCGAAAAACUGUUGUUCUACGAGGUGGUGCUCCCUGGGGUUUUCGACUUUCCGGCGGUGGUCAAACACCUGUUUAUAUUGCCAAGGUUCGUAGCCGAAGCAAAGCGGCAUAUGGUGGACUUGCAGCAGGUGAUACAAUUGUCUCAGUUAAUGGUAUUCCUUCAGGACAACAAUCAUUACGUGAAAUUAAUGAUAUAAUUGAUACCGUUCGUGAUCAACUUGUUAUUGAAGUACAAAGUACAAUCGGUUCUCGUGGCUUCCGACUCGAUUCUGGUUCGAGUAUUGAUACAAGGGAAAAUAGUCCUGUUAGACCACUAAGUCGCCUAACACCGCAACCAAAACAAAUGGAUUAUUAUCAGUAUACGUCAGCACGUACUACGCCAACCUAUCCGAUGUAUUCAUCGACUCCGAGCACCAAUUAUUUUGAUAGCACUAAUUCAGCAAGCCGAGAUCAACGUUAUACGGAUUCAUAUGGACGUUCAAUCACAAAUCCAUUGCCAGCUAUGUUCCGUACGGCAACAAUUACAACCAAUUCACCACAAACACCAAAAGCAACUGCUCGAGUGCAACACUUUAAUUAUCGCCCAUCAACAUCAAAUAGUACGUAUGAUACACCACGAACGACAGCAACAAGUGGUUAUACAUCUGAUACCAACGACUUUUGUCGCUCAUCAAUAUCUGUUCGUCCAUUGAAUCAUAAUGGAUCAACGAUCAGUACAAAUGUUCGACAUGUGGUCAAUCAACAGCCAUCUAUAAUACCUUCGACGACAGUAUAUACUAAUAAGAGCACAGCAAGUAGUGAACAAAACUAUUUCAGCGAUUCAGAAUACAUGACAUCUGGCCCGCGUUAUUAUAAAAUUACUCGAUUAGUCAAUACGAAUCGACGACCAAGUAAUGUUGCUCUACCCAUUCGUUCAAUCACAAGUAAAGCAUAUGAUCAAUAUGUACCACCAGAACCGCCGAAGCCGCAGCCACCAGCAUUUGACGUAUAUCGCUAUCAACAAGAACAGCAACGUCUCGAACGCGAACGCGAACGCGAACGCGAACGCGAGCGUGAACGUGAAAGACAGGAACAGUUGCAACGGCAAUUAUAUCUACAGCAACAGCAACAAGCGAAUAUUCCUCGAUUUAAUCCACCUCCAAAACUUACCUUACCUGCUGAGCCUACCAUUGAUCGUGAACUUGGUGCUGAGUUACUUGUUUCACCUACAUCCAACAAAAAACGAUAUGCUGAUUCAAGUUUCUUCCAAACCGCCUAUAACACGUAUCCAACUAUUGAAGAACAGAAGAAAAUGGCGCGUAAAAUCGCCGAAAUUCUGGAAAGUGGUGAUCCAACUCAAAAAGGUUCAUCGAAAUUCGAGAAACAACGCGAACGAGCUGACAAAUACACCAUCGAAUCGGAUUCUACAAGUUACCGACCUUUACGUCCUUUACAAACCGAAACGUCCUCCUAUUCAACUAAUUUUUCCCAACAAACUUACUACAAUUCAUCGAAUGUGCCUGAAUGUAUUAAGCAUAGCUUAGACGAAGCUCAAUACAUCAAUCCAUUACGGUAUGUUGGCGCACCGGAAGAAUUCAAACAGAUUCACAUGCAGGAACAUGUGACACAUACGAAUGUUCCACCACAGGCAGCGAUGAGUCUUGUGGAUGAUUUGAAUCAAAGUCGUGGAAAAGGUGCAGCAUUAUUUCAGAAACGAAAAGCACGAUCAGAAAAAUGGGUUAUUGAUGAGAAUAACGUAAAGAAGCAAGGCUAUCGACCACCGCCAACGACAUCUUACAUGGGGACUGCAGCUAAACCAUGGGGACAACGUGCUCCUUCAUGGUCCGAUAGCGAAGGACCAGUAUUUUCGCCUAUCCGAACACCAUUCAAUCCUCCUCCGCCGCCGCCUGCUCCUGUCUCUAUUCUUCCUGAACCAAUUUUGUCUCCAACGCCACCACCACAACAGACUGGACCCCGAUUUGGAGAUUUCAAUGCCAAACCGAAAGGAUUCGGCAGUUGGAACGCUGAAAACUCAUCUUCACGUAGCGGUAAUGAUACUAGAAAACCGCUCAAUCUUAAUAUUGAACCAAGUAUACGUGAAGGUAUUGCUGAAUCUCAUACUCGAAAUGCUUCUCAACCAUGGUCACCACCUUACAACCCUUCAUCAAUCUAUUCUCCAAAUCAACAAGUCACUAGUCCGAAUUAUUUUAACUAUCCAUCAUCACAAUACAAUGGCUAUACUCAACGCAAUACGAAUAACAUGAGUCCGAAUCCAUAUGUUUCAAAUCAACGAUCACAACAGCAAAAUUUUACCGAUCUGUAG